UGCCUAAGGUUUCAGUAGUCCAUGGGGAGUACUGCUGCAUAAGGUGGGGUUGUGAUGCGGUUAGAGAGGAGAACACAGUGAUCACUAAUGCAGAGUCGCGACAUCUUGCCAGAGAUGAGUGAGAAGAAAUAGCAGGAUAAUUUGCACAGAAUUUAUUCAGAUUGCAGGCCUUCAGGAUUUCAUUAUCUGACUUUAUGCACUUCGUCUGCAAUAUUCCUCUGCUCCUUGGCAAGUUGAGGUUUAACAUCUUGAUAACGAGGUUUAGUCCCUUGUGAUAUUCCUCUGGAACUCAAUCUGGAACCCAGACAUGUAUACACAACAAGACCAUUGUGGGAGUGUACACCAGAGACCUCCUUCAAGAGCUGCUUCCAGUUACUGAAUUGCUUUGCGGGAGCCAGACAGUACUUGAUGAAAAUCCUGGUAAACAAGAAGAGGCAGCUUUGGUUGAUGGGGGUGAGGACUCUGUAAAACCAUUGCAGGAGACAUCACCUGAAUUCAAAGUCGGCAACUUGGAAAUGGCUGAAGGUGUGUCACAAAAUGGUGGUGAUGAGGAUGACAGUGAUAGUGACAGCGAUGAUGACGAUGUGAAGGUCACCAUUGGCAACAUUAAAACGGGUGCGCCACAGUAUAUGGGGACUCCAAUGAAUUUGAAUCUGAAGAGUGGACGUACCUAUGGCUCUUCUGCAGCAAAGUUGCAUUCUAGAGGCAUUGACCUUGAUGCCCCUGGAAGCAUCAAUGGAAUUCCUGUGAUUGAAGCUGAUUUGGACUCAUUUGAAGAUAAACCAUGGAGGAAACCAGGAGCUGACCUUUCAGACUAUUUUAACUAUGGCUUCAAUGAAGAGACCUGGAAAGCCUAUUGUGAGAAACAACGAAGACUUCAGUUGGGACUUGAUCCCAUCAUCGCAUCUGGUUCAGAGAACAAAAUAUUGCAAGGGAGAGCGUGCAAUGUGGAGAAGGAGGUAGAAAACAAUUUGCCAAAAGUGGAAUUGAAGGCUGAUUUCACAUCUCCACCUGGAGGAAGGAUGAAGGCAGGCCCACCACCCAAUAGUGUUUCCUCCAGAAAACUUGCUGGCACAAUUGAUGUUAUUGGUGGAUACACGGGUUCCAUCAGGAGGGUAGAAGGAAGGCGGCGAGACAAGCAUGGAGGAGAUGAGAGUACAAUUCAGGUUCUCGGAGACCAUGGAAACAAAAGACCGCCAUUUCCAGCCCCUACUGGUCCUCCUCCUCCAUUACCCUGGACACCCCCUCAUUUCUCUGCACCCACCCCCUCCUGUCACGAGUGGACCACCACCUAUGCACCCACCAGGAAUGCCGCCACCUGGGUCUCUACCAGGGUUAUUUCCACCACCAAUUGUGCCCCCUCCAGCUUUACUGUUGCCAACCGUAGAAGGUGCUCCACCUCCAGGCUAUGACAACAGGCCACCCCCUCUAUUUCCCUAUAAUCCUUCAGAAUCUGGACUAAUUGGUUACCCAGCAGUGUCCACAGCACAAACGCCCUGGAUUAACGCGGUUGAUAAAACCACCAAUAGCCACUGGGAGUACAAAGGGCCACGACGAGAGCGAGAGCGUGAACGAGAACCUGAUCGAGACAGAAAUCGU